CCUGUCGCUGUCACCGCCAGGAGGAGGCCGACGCUGCUGCGCUCCUCGAGCCGCCGAGCAGGAAGGAGCCUUCGCCGCCGCCGAACUUUCCCUCAGGGCCCAGCAUGCCCGGGGCAGCGGCCCGGGGACUGUGAGCGCCGCUCCCGCCUUCCCCUCGCAGCGCCGCGGCCGGCUAUUGCACUUAAGCAUGAAUAUUGAAGACAAACUUGGAGGAUUAUUUCUUAAAUGUGGUGGCAUAGACCAAAUGCAGUCAUCCAGGGCAAUGGUAGGGAUGGGUGCAGUGUCUGACCAAUCUUCAAUAUCUGGGGAACGGCAAGAAGCAGUGCUUCAAGACCGGACUAUGGCACAUCAAGAAAUUCUUACAACAGAUGAAGUGUUACAAGAAAGUGAGCUUCGACAGCAAGAGAUGAUUUCACAUGAUGAACUCAUGGUCCAUGAGGAGACGGUAAAAAAUGAUGAUGAGCUGGAGGCUCAAGACAGACUUCCUCAAGGGCUCCAGUACGCAGUCAAUGUUCCUAUCAGUGUAAAGCAAGAAAUUACUUUUACUGAUGCAUCUGAACAACAGAAGAGAGACAAAAAACAAAUACGAGAGCCAGUAGAUUUGCAGAAAAAGAAGAAAAGAAAACAGCGUUCACCAGCAAAAAUCCUUACAAUAAAUGAAGAUGGAUCACUUGGUCUGAAAACCCCCAAAUCUCAUGUUUGCGAGCAUUGCAAUGCUGCCUUUAGAACCAACUACCAUUUACAGAGACAUGUCUUCAUUCAUACAGGUGAAAAACCAUUUCAGUGCAGUCAAUGCGACAUGCGUUUCAUACAGAAGUACCUGCUACAGAGACAUGAGAAGAUUCAUACUGGUGAAAAACCAUUUCGCUGUGAUGAAUGUGGUAUGAGGUUCAUACAGAAGUAUCAUAUGGAAAGGCACAAGAGAACUCAUAGUGGAGAGAAGCCUUACCAGUGUGAAUAUUGUUUGCAGUACUUUUCCAGAACUGAUCGUGUGCUGAAACAUAAACGUAUGUGCCAUGAGAGCCGUGACAAGAAACCUAAUAGAAGUGCCACCAAAGUUGGCCUUUUGACAUCUGAGGAAGAUCCUGGCUUCUCUACACCGAUGAAAGACAGCUCCCUACCAAAGAAGAAAAGACAGAAAACAGAGAAAGCAAAGUCUGUGGACAAGGAAAUUGGAGAUAAAUCAGAACAGAAGAAGGAUAAAAAUGACUACUUGCCUUUGUAUUCUGCCAGUGCUAAAGUAAAGGAUGAAUAUAUGGUGGCAGAAUAUGCUGUUGAGAUGCCACAUUCUUCUGUCAGUGGGUCACAUUUAGAAGAUGCAAAUUCUGGAGAAAUACACCCACCUAAACUGGUUCUCAAAAAAGUUACUAGUAAGAGAAGUCUAAAACAGCCACUUGAGCAAAGUCAGACCAUUUCACCUUUAUCUACAUAUGAAGAGAACAAGGUUUCAAAGUAUGCCUUUGAUCUUGUGGAUAAACAAGGUUUAUUGGACGCAGAUGGUAAUGCUGACAUUGACCAAGUUGAUACUUUACAGGAAGGGCCCAGUAAACCUGUACACAGCAGCACUAAUUAUGAUGACGCAAUGCAGUUUUUAAAGAAAAAGAGGUAUCUGCAAGCGGCUAGUAAUAAUAGUAGAGAAUAUGCCCUGAAUGUAGGUACUAUAGCAUCUCAACCUUCAGUAACACAGGCAGCUGUAGCAAGUGUCAUUGAUGAAAGUACCACAGCAUCCAUAUUAGAUUCACAGGCACUGAAUGUGGAAAUUAAAAGUAACCAUGACAAAAAUGUCAUUCCAGAUGAGGUGCUUCAAACCCUACUAGAUCAUUAUUCCCACAAGGCUAAUGGACAACAUGAAAUAUCUUUCAAUGUGACGGAUACUGAGGUGACCUCCAGUAUAUCAAUCAAUUCUUCUGAAGUAUCUGAGGUCACCCAGUCUGAAACUGUUGGAACAAGCUCUCAAGCUUCCUCAUCAGAUAAAGCCAGUAUGUUACAAGAAUAUUCAAAGUUUCUACAACAAGCGUUGGACAGAACUAGCCAAAAUGAUGCCUAUUUGAACAACCCAAGCCUUAAUUUUGUGACUGAUAACCAGACUCUUACAAGCCAGCCAGCAUUCUCUUCCAUAGACAAACAGGUCUAUGCUUCUAUACCUGUCAAUAGCUUUCGAUCGGGAAUGAACUCUCCAUUAAGAACAACUCCAGACAAGUCUCAUUUUGGACUAAUGGUUGCUGAUUCCCAGCACUCUUUUCCCUUUUCAGGUGAUGAGGCGAAUCAUUCUUCCUCCUCCUCUACACAGGACUUCUUGGAUCAAGUGACUUCUCAGAAGAAAGCAGAGGCACAGCCUGUCCAUCAGGCUUAUCAAAUGAGCUCCUUUGAGCAGCCUUUCAGAGCUCAAUACCAUGGAGCAAGAGCUGGAAUAUCACCUCAGUUUAGCACUGCCAACGGACAGGUGAACCUGCGAGGGCCAGGGACAAGUGCUGAAUUCCCUGAAUUUCCCUUGGUGAAUGUAAAUGAUAAUAGAGCUGGGAUGACUUCUUCACCUGAUGCCACAACGGGCCAGACUUUUGGCUAAGAAAAUCUUUGUAAAUAAUAUUGGCACUUUAGAACAGAUCUGUCAAGAAUGGUGUUGCUCUGUAUCAAAUGGAGUGCUGUACAGCUUUUAAGAACGUUGUGUUAUAACAAAAAUAAGCUGAUAUAGCAAGAUCAAUAACUUCAUUUUUGGUUAGUCCACCAGUCAUUGAACUGCCUUACAUGUUGUCUCUCCUAUAAAAGGCAGUUUAUUACUCACUUGUUCGAGACCAGAAACUUGCUCUUUUACAUACACUUAAAUUUAAAACAAAACAAAAAACCCAAGGUAAGGUUUCCUCCCAUAAUAGUUUCCUAUUUGGUUCCAUUGUACGUUCUUGGUAGAACAGUAAUUGUCAUGUUGUCAUUUUCUAAGCUUGUCAGUGUAGUCAUUGCUCUUCAGUAGGGAACCUAAAUAUACUAAACAGAAUAAACUACAAGUUUAAAUGUCAAGCGAUUAUGGCUAAACCACAUUGGUGUAUUCUAUAGAAAUACCUUUUCUUCCCUCUUUCUUAAAAUGAAAUAUAUGCCAGAUGCCCUUUAUUUUUGCUUUGCAUUACACUGAGCUGUGUUUUGGAGGAAAAAAGUAAUAAUAAAUUCUGAUAGACUAACUCCAUUAUUUAAAAGUCUAAUUAAUUUAAAAUACUUUAAAAACUUUUUUAGCAAAAUACAUGUCUGCUAAUGCAUUUACUUCAGUCCUGAAGUGUGUUGCAUAUUUCUUUGUAUAGUUGAACCUAGACAUAACUUUUUAUGAUUCUUUCACAUGCAGAUAUCAAGAUUUUGAAGUUUUAGUUAAAAUACUCUGUAGAUUACAUUCCCAUUUACAUAAAGCUUACACAAAUUGUGUAUUCCGAGAUUUUAAAGCUUAAUUGUACUUUAUCCUGCAUAUUCACAGUGAUUAACAAAGAGCACUUAGUUUCUAUUUGAUACUUUUUGAUUUCUCAAAGAAUAAAAACUAUUUUAGAUUUUUAGGUCUGAUAUGGCUGCAUCAUUAUCAUCUCAUACAACACUGAUUAAUAUUUUUUAAUAUAAAAUGAGAUUGGAAUUUCUUAGCUUCUGUGAAAACUGGUUUAAUUUUCUCUAUCUAGAACUUUGACAAUUCAGAUAAUUAAACAUACUAAAGCAUCCCAAUAAGCUGAAGUGGGCCUUCUAAUUGCAUAUCUUUUUAGCGAUUUCUUAAUGAACAAUGUUCAUUACAAUUUUACCAACCAAAACUGUUGACUAAUGCUAGUGAACAGAAUUUUUUUCAGUAUAGAUGAAUGAUCAGAAGCUUUUGUUGCAUUUCACAGUAUAAAUAAACUGCAAACUUUAUCCCUGUACCAUGAAUAUGUUUUUUUAAUAGUACUUUGGCUUGAAGUAUACAGUAAGGUACGAUAAAUAGUUCUGUGUGCAUUUUUAAGGUGGUGAGAUUGGAAUAACAUAAAUGUGUUGUGUAGUUUAAGUUAACAAUUUUAAAAUUUUGAACUUUAUGUUCAUUCGUUUGCACCUUUCCCUAGAGGAUACACGGUCAGGUAGUUUAAGGCAGUAUAAACCUAAUAUUGUAGGUUGAUUAACCAUUACGUGGGGAUACAGAUAAGGAUGCAUACAUACCUUUACAACACUGUCCCUGGCUGACAUCUCCCAAAUGAAACCAUCAGCUCGGAGAGGAGGUUGAGCCCCAUUGUACUGAAGAACACCCUCCCCAGACAGCAGACUCGAGUGGGAGAGCACAACUUAUCCAUUCCCAAAAUACUAACCACAUUUUAUUGUUUUGCAUCAUUGUAGCUGCAGUAACUCCCUUAGCCCGUUUUAGGAAGAAAGUUCAUCUGGAAUCCAUAGACUACACCUCAAGUGGCCAGGGAGAUCAUUUACAUGAUCUUCCUGCAUAACUCAUUUGUAUACAGUGAGACCAGAUUCUUAUUGCCCUGUGAUGGCCUUAACUAUUCUUAGGAUUCAUUGUGCAGCUGUUUUAUGAUGCUGCAAGGGGUUAUAUACGCUACAAUUUUCUUACAGGAACAGGUCUGAAGAUUUGGCCCUGAGUUAAGUAGAAAAGUAAACAUCAAGGGAGAAAAGCGAAAUCAUUGUGCAAUAUUAGUGACACAUAAGGAAACAUCUUUAAAAGAAUAUUUUUAACCUGGUUGUGUCCCUUGAAUUUUUUCUACAUUAUUGUUUUAGUCUCCUGUCCUACUUGCAUAGACAUACACACGUGUAUGGCACCUAACUCACAACAAGAAACAGCUUAUCAUGAAGCAGAUAUCUCAUUUCCAUUAACAUUACUUCCAUCACAUCCUAGCUUUCACUGUCCCCAUAGAUCUAUAUCGGCAUCUUUGGUUUAAUAUCCUACCAUUGCAAAUAUAUGUCCAUUUAUUUACCAUUGUUUUAAGAAAAUUCCCUUGGGGCUAAAUUAUUACAGCACUUAUUUGGACACACAGGGAAAUAAGAGGGAGAAAGGCCUACUUGGUCCUUGCCAGGUUGAUGACUGGCUGUGUUGGAGAGGGCAGGGGCUACUCUGCUGAUACUCUAUUGUGAGAAAGUGGCGGGGGAGGGGAAAACCUUGGCUCCACUCUCUCUGCACACUAGCCAGAAUAGUUAACUUUUUGCAUAGUGGUGAGUAAGGUGUUUCACACCAAGGGUGAAAUAACUUGCUUCUCCCCAGAGGAGGAAUUGUGGUUCUCUGAGUCACAGUUCAUUCUCUGGUGUGUUCCUGGGGUAUUACAGCUGUGCUCUGUGACAUAGGGCAGAAUGUAAAGUCCUCACUCUAUCCCAUGGUGAUUAUUUUGUAGACUUACUUUAUACAUAUAGAUAGAGGCAGUGCUAGUAGUUAAUCUGUAGAAAUUUAGGCUUUUUCUAGCUGGAGAAAUUUACCAGCAGAAUUCUUCCAAUAUAAUUUUGUUGCUAUAGUUAUACCAGAUUUGUUGUGUCAGUAAAUUUCCCUCUCUAGAUGAGCCUGUAUUUUUAACAAGUUCAUCAUUUAAAAAAAUAUUUUCAACAUGUUUUAUUAUUACACACACACACACACACACACACACUCGUUUGAUCUGGCAGAUGUUUAUUCUCAUCUGGGCCCCCAAUGUAUUUGAAGGAACUAAACAUGAAAAUGACUUUUUCUUCACUACAUUGUUCAUGUAUCAGCAUUAUUAAGCCAGAACACUUUUGGGAAUGACAUUUAUAUCCCAGCAAGCCAACAGUAGAAGCUCUUGUAUUAUUUUAUAAGUUGUGAAAGGUGUGCAUGUGUGCGAGUGUAAGGUGGAAUCUUUUAUGGCUGUUUUUUUUCUGUGACAGUAAGGAUAAAUGAAAAACAUAUAUUUAGAAAUUUUAGGACAUUUACUCCCAGACUAUAAUAAUUUUAAAUAGAUAGUAUUUUGGGCCUAAAUUACUUGAGUGUCCCUUUGAGCACUAGUCCUUUUUUAUAUUUUACCACGAUUAUAACUAAUAAUGAAGGAAUUGGCUUGCAAUGGUAUAUUAGUAAGCAUUUACAUUUUCUUGUACUGGUUUGAGAGUGAGUUAAGCAUAAAUGAUAAAGUUUGAAGAGGAGGAUAGAAUUGUGUACUACUCUACACUGGUCUUAUAAACAGUAAUAUGAAGAAUUUAAAUCGGGCUUCAAAAUGAAUUUUUUCAUGGUCCUGUGUGUUUCCUGGUGUUGCCUAUGGGAAAAUUAUGGUGCAAGAAGAAAAUACAACCACCCCUAAAAUACUCACGAUUGUUUAACAUUUUUAUUACUUUUUAUAUUUAUAUUGUAGGUUGUCAGUGUUUUGGAGAAAGGGAGCAGUUCAGUGAUAAAAGGGAAAAUACAAUAAAAUAUUUCUAAUUUGCUGAUUGCUAAUUAAAGCACCCCCUAAUUCUUACACAUACAAUCUGCUUUCUACCCACUCUGCAAAGUAUUAAUAGUAAAGUACUGUAGUGAAGUCUUACUUUAAUAAGUCUGUUACUUCAACCAAGUAUACUACAGAACAUUUAUUAGUAUACUCUGAAGUAGUAUAAUGGAAACUAACUACAGUUGUUGCAAUAAAUGAACGAAGUGCAUUUUGUGAUGUGA